CCAAAACGCGUUUCCCUGACGUCGUUGUAGAAACAUUGCAGUGUCAACAGCCAGGACUACACAACGCAGCCCGCCGUUCCGCAGCCCUCUGGCCUGGCCGCGUGCCCAUUCUUUACUAUACGAUACAUGCUCGGAAAGGGCAUGUCGAUGGACGAGCUUUGCAAACAUGGCCACGCCGCCUUCUGUAAAGCGCCGUCGACGAGGCCCAUCGCCGUUCGACCACAAUGACGAGUUGCCUGUCGACCCAAUGCUGCAGAUCGACCCAGCCCUGACUUCAGAUUACCCUCCCCUCGACGAUGAUACCGAAUUCUCGACAAGUGCAUAUCCAUCCUACGGGCGUAAUCCCUAUCCGGCAGCAUCAGUGACGCAGGAUCCUCCAUCUCACGACGCUGUAGAUGGAACCAGGCGCUCGCCUCACAAAGGCUCACGAUCAUAUCAAUCCAGUACCGUACGACAAGCACACGAUAGCCACCCUCUAGCCCAGAUCUCGACAAAUCAUACUUCAUAUAGCAGCGAUAACCAGGAUGACGAACAGUACAUUCCCCAGUCUCGAACUUCGCCAAGUAUGCGCCGAACCCUUCAGAAGCGGAGAGAAUCCCACGGCGAUCGGCUUCCUAGUAGCCAAACACGACGUUCUCAGAUGGGACGGCCCAAACAGCGCCGCCAUACAGAUGGACCUGGGAGUAUCCGCGAGACUGAUAGGAGUCGACCCCGGGACGGUACACGCAACGAACAUGACGAGGAUGCCCAAGAUGAAGCCUCCAGCGACAGUGACAGCAAUCAGUCUGAUAGAAAGCAUGCCCCUAGAAGAACUGUACAAAAGUUCCAUCCUAUGUUUGCUACCUACGGCUACGGACUUGACCCGCAGGACCCGCGGAUUCAGAUGUUCUGGCCUGGCGCCAGUAUGCCAUUUACUAUGAACGGUCAACCCGUGCAGCCUUCGCACAUGACCCAGGCUGCUUACAAUGGAUUUAGUCAUAUGCAAAUAGCCCAGAUGAAUGGGCAAGGUCCAUGGAUCAUGCCGCAAAACGCUGCCAUGGGUAUGUAUGCCGGUGGAUUUCCAAUGCCACACCCGCACCCUCUUCAAACAGUUGAAUCGACAAAUCGAAACGAAACGAGUGGACGACAUUCGUCUUGGGCGAACCACGACAAGCGUAGAGAUGGCGCACCUUCGUUGAGAACAAAACCUCCUAAAGCCAGUCUCUUUGCGAAUAAAAAACGAAACAGAGCGCCUGUUCUGGAUGAGCAGUCGACAUCUGCAUUGGAUAUGGACGAGAGCGGACUCAAUGAUUCCUUGGAAGAAUUAGACACUGAAUCAGAAGUGCCUACAGAAGAACCAUAUCUACCGCGACGGACGCACAAUGAUCGCUAUCGAGCAAUCCUUCCAAAGCCGCCUGCGGACGGCAGUAUGGGGCCAGUUUACCAUCCGAGUGUGUUUAUACCUGCCAUGCACAUACCGACUGAAGCCAAUCAUCUGUAUCACGAGGAUGGCUUUUCGGAAGAGCCUGUAAAGCGAAAGCGCGGCAGGCCGCGUGGCAGCAAAACAAAAAAGAGACGAGAUGAUGACGACUCAGCUCAGCCGCCAAAGAAAACAAAGAAUUCAAAGUCGAAAACAGCUGUGGUGGCACAAGUAGCAGAGGAAGCUGCUCCAGGGGAUGAUACACAAGCGUCAUCUAAUGAGAUUCACAGUCAACGCGCAUCAGUAAAACCCGCGGAAGACGAAUCUGUGAAACAAGCGAAUCUACAGGAAGAGCUCACUGGCUCGAGGUGCCGUAAUGACAAGACGAACGUUACGAAGGCAGAUGACCUCGCAGUUCAAGAAGAGGAUACCACGGGGGAGAGCCCAGAAGCUGAUGACACUGAAAAGCCGAAUAUAUCGGACGAUCGUCUACCGAAGCCAGUUCCCCGACAUUGUUUGAAGGAAAAUGAAACGGACCCCGCACUAGAGACAGCCCAACGGCUUGCAACGAUGCAGCAACAGGCUAAGCUACAGGCUAUGCGAGAAGAAUAUGAAGCAACGUUUGCACUCUCCGAUGACGAAGCACCAGCACCUCUCAAACGUACAACACGGCCUGUAAAGAGACCGCAGACUGCAACUACCGCAGCUGCAACUACCCCCAAAUCCAUAGAAGUACUGCCAACCGUUAGCCUCGAUGCGCAGAUUGCGAAACCCACCCAGGAGCACGAAGCUCGCGCUGCUCUUCCUGACAGUACUUGUCCUGAUAGCAUGGACGAGCCGCUAACACAGUCGCCGGGGAAUAGUAAACAUGUCAGCGUCACAGGUAGCCCAGUGGCUACUCUUUCGAGUCAACCACCUAUCAAUACGCCAAAAGAUGCGAAGAAAACGAACCUUCGCAAUGAAAUCAUAGGCGAUAAUACCUCCAUGGAAAAGCUUGCGGUAGUUACGUUGGAUGAGAGUCACACUUUCGAUAUACAGGGAAGCGAUCAUACAUCGAAUAUGGACCUCCAGGCUGAAGAUUCUGAACCAUUUGUUCCCGGAGAUGGUGGCAACUGGGCGCCGUCGGAUGAUUUGAGUGCAGCAGAGCAGACCUCCCGAAAUGACAGCGAGGUUACUGAUGGAAGCGAGCCCCAACGAUUUGAAACAGCUUCCACUCCAACAACAGCAAGCAACACUUCAACUGCAGCCACAUCUCUUGAUUUAAAAAGGGCAUCUCAUAGUAAGCGAGAAAAUGGCACCCCUCGUAGUGCUCGGCGCCCUCUACCAUCAUCGCCCCUGCGAUUUCAACAUCGUGCUCCCGAUGCGUCUUCUUCAGCAGUCAAGAUUCGGUCUCCAUUAUAUAGAUCGUCACCACUGAAAGACGCUGGCAUUUCCUUGGCAACAGCGAAGAAUGCAGACAUCAAGACAAGCCCCUCUAUCAAGAGAUCUUCAGGCUCUAUACCCCCUGUUUCACGACCCCAAGUGGCUAAUAGGGAGCCCCCAACGCACUGGGAAGAAGACGCAGAACUCCCAGAACUCCCUACACCCCAAAAACAGCGGCCUACAAGUUAUGUCUUGUCCCCCCAGCUCCCGUCUCGGACAAAGACGCCCAGUUCAUCAGCGUCUAAAAUUUCAAGAAGGAGAUCGCUGCAGCCAACAUCGUCAAAACGAAAUUCUCUUCUAUCACUCCUUGACGAAGAUGACGACGAUGAUGACUGGGGUCGGCCCGUAUCACAACAUAAGAGCAAGGCUGCGAAGUCCCACAGGCAUCGUGAACAGGAUGCUAGGCGUAGCUCAAACAGACCGGCCAAGGCUGGUAUAGAGAAGUAUGAGCGAAGUGAGAGGUCACGAAAGGAGUCUAUCAGGAAGGAAUCUCGACCAUCGGCUCGGAAGUCGCUUUCAGCGGCGCAGACUUGUGGAACGAAUGGCUAUAGCUGUGGUAAAGACUUCUGCUUUACAUGCUUAUAAGGAGCAUGUCUGGAUGGAUAUUUGAUUUUGGGUGCAACUUGGAAGGAAUGGACUGUAUUUGUAUAUUUUCUUCAUAGCAUGGCAUGGCAUGGCGCAAUUUGUAGUGACACAAUAGUCAAGAGUAUGUUUUGUUGUAUAUGGAAUCAAAAGAACAUUAUCACGACAAGCAAGAUAUUCACUGUAGAGCAACAUCGACA